GUUGUGUCCUGUCUGGGGCGCUCUUGGGCUUCCUUGUACAGCUUGGAGCCUGCUGCUGUUUUGGAGGCAUAUUCAGUCUUUGACGACUUUCUCCACUGAUCCGCAGUGUUCGCUCAGCGUCUGCCCGAGUGGACGCGCUCUAUCAUGGCCGUCUGAAUCGCGAUCCGAUCGCAGUCUGAUCUCCUUUCCCCCCUUUUUCCCGACGUCGAUAAUUAAUUAUCUGUCCCGAUCGCUUUGGGUAUCGUUUCAUUGGGAAUAUUACUCCAUUUGUGCCAAUGCUCAAACAUGCAACCUCCGCCAAGAAAGGUGAAAGUGACACAGGAACUCAAGAACACGCACACGGAGCAGCUCGGCCGGCUGCAUUUAAAACACCAGACGGAAUGUGAUUUAUUGGAAGAUAUGAGAACAUACAGCCAGAAAAAAGCCACUCUUGAGAGGGAUUACGCACAGGCCCUCCAGAAGUUGGCGAGUCAGUAUUUAAAGAGGGACUGGCCAGGUAUCAAACCAGACGAUCAGAGAACAGACUACAGGAACGUGUAUGGAGUUUGGAGGGCUUAUCUCGAAGGCACCAUGCAAGUUACGCAGUCUCGUCUCAACGUCUGCGACAACUACAAGAACGAGAUUUCAGACCCUGCCAAAACUGUACGACUCUACAAAGAACAGCAGCUGAAAAAGUGCAUUGAGCAGCUGGGUCGGACCCAGGCCGAGCUCCAGGAUUCAGUGAAGGAUCUGGCCAAAUCCAAAAAGAAAUACUUUGAGUUGGAGCAGAUGGCCCAGGCAGUCCGGGAAAAGGCUGACAUUGAGUCCAAGUCAAAGCUGGGGCUCUUUCAGUCCAGGAUAAGUUUACAGAAGGCCAGUGUGAAGUUGAAAGCUAAGAGGAGUGAUUGUAACUCCAAAGCAACCCAUGCGAGGAAUGAGUAUCUUCUCACACUGGCGGCAGCCAAUGCACACCAUGACCGCUACUACCAGACUGACCUGGUCAGCUGCAUCAAGGCUCUGGAGGGGAAUGUGUAUAACCAUGUGAAGGACUAUCUGAUAUCCUUUUGUCGGACUGAGCUGGAAGCAUUUCAAGCCAUCCAUAACACCUUCCAGUUCCUGCUGGAGAAGUCCAGUCGAGUAAUGCAAGACUUCAACCAGCAGUUGUUCUUGCAAGAGAAUCCCGUGUUUCAUAAAGCACAAGACUUUCAGUUCCAGCCGAGUGACAGCGAUACGAGUCGACAGCUGGAAUCGGAGACGGGCACCACUGAAGAACACAGUCUCAAUAAAGAGGCGAGAAAAUGGGCCACACGUGUCGCCCGCGAACACAAAAACAUCAUCCAUUACCAACGGACUGUAGAGGAGUGUGAGACUCUCGGGACUCCACCCACAGAACAGAACCGGAAUGAGCUGGAAUUCCGAAUCGAGGAAGCCAAGGAGAACAUCCGCAAAGCAGAGACAGUAAAGCUGAAAGCAGAAGCGCGUUUGGAUCUUUUGCGGCAGGUGGGCGUUUCCGUGGAUACUUGGUUGAAAAGUGCCAUGAAUCAGGUGAUGGAGGAACUGGAGAAUGAGCGUUGGGCAUCUCUGCCCAACCUCACCACCCAUGAUCUGUCUCUUUCAACCACGGUGGAUUUGGACAGAGAGGAGGGAGAAGAACUGGAGGAGAACAUGGAGACGUAUGACGACAGCAGUUCCAGUCCUUCAGGAACCCUGAGGAACUAUCCUCUUACCUGCAAGGUGCUCUACUCCUAUAAGGCCUCUCAGCCAGAUGAACUAACAAUCGAUGAGCACGAGAUGUUGGAGGUUAUAGAAGAUGGGGACAUGGAGGACUGGGUUAAGGCGCGGAAUAAGUCCGGUCAGGUGGGCUACGUUCCCGAGAAAUACCUGCAGUUUCCCACCUCUAACAGCGUACUGAGCAUGCUCCAGUCUCUCGCUGCGCUCGACUCACGCUCACACACGUCUAGUAACUCCACCGAGCCUGAGCUGGCCUCAGGCAGCUUCAACGGAGACAGCAGCAUGAGUUUUGUAAAGGCCAUGUACGACUAUGAGGGUCAGACAGACGAUGAGUUGUCUUUCCCUGAAGGCGCCAUCAUUCGGAUCCUCAACAAGGACAAUCAGGAGGAUGACGGCUUCUGGGAGGGCGAGUUUAAUGGGCGAGUGGGCGUCUUUCCAUCCGUGCUGGUGGAGGAUCUGACGGCUUUAGAAAACGGCGAUGCUCACUGGGGACCAGAUGCACAAGUGUCCCCAUGCCAAAGGCUUCAUUCAUCACUUCCUCCAUUGCCACUGUACGAUCAGCCGCCCUGCAGUCCAUAUAGCCCAGAGACCAGCACUGCACCCUCUCUGCCCCGCUCGCCGUCUGUAAACGGAGAACAUAAAUUGCCCCUCCCACAGAAACCUGCCAUUCAUAAUCACAAUUCCAGCUUAAGUCCAGAGAGCCCAGGAUUCUCUCAGCCACUGAGACUCACUCCAGACGGAUCUGGCCUUGGGAAACUCAGACCUGAAUGUUCCUACCAAUGGAGCAAUUCAAGCUUGAUGUACCACCUUGAUGUGACAGAAAGGGGCAGUCAGCUCCAGCUGUACAGGCAGUGCUCCCUGUCAAACCAACGAGAGCAACAGGCAACUCUGCUUUUCUCAGAUGCGCUUUUGCGCUCAAAGACAGCUGAACGGAGCACAACAGAAUGCAGGGAUUUCUGGACGGGUUUUUCAGCAUUUCAAACUACAUUUAAUUUUACACAGCAUUCUACAAACACAGCACUUAUGAUUAGAGACACUGUAAACUAGUGAGAUGUUCCAAAAUCAUCCAUCUGACAAGUGAGGACAUAGACCAACAAUUAAAAAUAGCUCAGAUGGAAGUAGGCCAAAUAAAAGGGUUAUGUUUAAUGAUAUGGAAAUAAAACAAUUCAUAAAACAAGGAGAGAAUGGCACACCGCUAUGCACCGAUCAGCCACAACAUUAAAACCAGCUGCCUAAUAUUGUGUUGGUCCCCCUCGUGGCGCGAAAACAGCGCCAACCCGCAUCUCAGAAUAGCAUUCUGAGAUUAUAUUCUUCUCACCACAGUUGUACAGAGCGGUUAUCUGAGUUACUGUAGACUUUGUUCAAAUCAGUCCGGCCAUUCUCUGUUGACCUCUCUCAUCAACAAGGCGUUAAAUUCUAGAGACUGUUGUGUGUGAAAAUCCCAGGAGAUCAGCAGUUACAGAAAUACUCAAACCAGCCCGUCUGGCACCAACAAUCAUCCAUGCGAUUAUCUAAUCAGCCAAUCGUGUGGCAGCAGUGCAGUGCAUAAAAUCAUGCAGAUACGGGUCAGGAGCUUCAGUUAAUGUUCACAUCAACCAUCAGAAUGGGGAAAAAAUGUGAUCUCAGUGAUUUGGACCAUCGCAUGAUUGUUGGUGCCAGAUGGGCUGGUUUGAGUAUUUUUGUAACUGCUGAUCUCCUGAGAUUUUCACACACAACAGUGAAGACCCAAGUGGACGAAAACGUUGUUUUUUCUAUUAAACUACAAGGGAGCAUCUAUAGCAGAAUGCCGUUCUCUCCUUGUUUUAUGAAUUUUCUCCUUUUUUGAUUUUGCACCUGCCUUAAUGUUUGGAUGUGCGCAUACUACUACUAUUCUCAUGGAAAUAAAACAAACAAUGUUUUGAACACUUUUUUAUUGUAGAAAUGCUUAACUUGUCUGCUGCCACAAUAAUAUAUAUAUAUAUAUAUAUAUAUAUAUAUUAAGAAAUAUAUUUGAAUCAUCUGAAUUUUAUUUAUUAUAUUCAUAAUCAUUUAAUUAUUUUUAUUAUUUUUAUUUGGAGGCCUUUCUCAGUAAAUAUCGAUAUGUGAUUCAUUGUGAUUAAUUUGAUUAAUUAAUCAGCACAUCAUGUUAUUCAGAUUUUUUAUUGGUUGACAGCCCUGAUUUUAAUAUAAUAUAAUUGUUUUUUUAUAUGUUAAUGAAAGUGAGAGUUUUAUAGAUUAGUAUAUACAAUAGGUGAAUAUGUCAAAGCAUGUCUGGGUCAUUUUGAACCCCAAAAUCAAAAGAUAACAAUAAUAAAAUAAAAUAAAAAUUAAUUCUAAAAAUUAAAAUGUUUUGCAUUUUGACAUUAUUUUAAUGACAAUUGAGUAAUAUGUAUUACAGUAAUGGGAAUCACCAUUGGGAAUCACUCAUCCUUGAGAAUGUGUACAGAUGCAUUACGAUAAUGAGAUUAAUUGUCAUAAAAAUCCACAUUGCAAGAAUUCUCAAUGGCCUAAAUAUAGUCUUCAUUUUUUUAAAUAUAUAUUUUAGGGUGAAAUUUUAACUGGUCGUGUGUCCAUGACAUUAACCCCUAUAAUAACAAUUAUAACUGGUAUUAAACUCUCAUUUCUGUGUCUUAAGGUCCGGGCUGCCCCACCUCCACCAAAACAACACCCUCGCAGACAAGUGGAGAAAACAGAAGAGGUGGAAAUCACGCUGGUGUAGAGCGCCGCACUAUUGGAUGGAGAACAAACCCCAUCUGACCUCUAACUGGGGCGGGACUUUUGUUAACCCACUCCUUGAGCAUGCUUACAUCCCUGAGGGGCAGAGAAAAGCAUCUCGACGGCAUCACCACGCCUUUUCCUAAUAACAAACACCUCUUUUGGCGUCAGAGACUGUUUGGUGCCUUAAACCGCUUUCAUGCCAAACUCUAAUCCUUGUAUUUGUAAUUACUUCAUUGUACAAAGAGAACAGUAGACCUACAACUUCAGACUUCAUAAAUCCACUCAAUGCCACUUCAUUUUAACAAAGUCAAGGGAGCUGUGUGAGUGUGCAUCUGAAAUACGGAAAGGAGACAAAUACAAGGAUUGAAAAGAUGCUGUUGGUUUGAAAAAGGGUCAGUCCAUCUCAAGAGGUCCAAUACAGGUUGCUUGACCACUUUGAAUUUUCCACAUUGUUUUUGAGUGAUUACCUCUAUGUAUUGGUAUUCCAAAACCACCAGUUUUUUUAUUUGACUCUGUUUAACCACGACGGCCAUCUUUGUGUCAU